CUUGAACCAGCUGGUCCCCAACGUAGGAAGUGACGUCACAGAAACCAAACUUCCGCGUGUCUUUGCGUCUCCACAAUCAGAUGAUCCCCACAGAUCCAUGGUUUCCGGAACCGCUCAGAUACCAGAACCAGAGAGUCCCGGAACAAGGGCCAGACUGGAAAGCGGACCGGGUCCAGAACCCGUCUAGAACGUUAGAACGUUCCCCCGUAUUUAUUGGCCCAGGACUGCAUUAAACGCUUUUAUUUUGAAGGAGGAGACGUGGCCGGAAGUCGGCGUAGCUCAGAGAGCGAAGCAGCUUGUUUGGAACGGAACCAUCAACCUGGACCGAUAAAAGAACCCAACGCGGUUCUGGGCGGAUCGGUGGGACUUUUGAAAAGCUGCGGGUGCUGAGGACAAGCAGCUUAACUGCCGAGGAGCCGCGGAGCAAGGCAGGGGACCAAAGUUCAGCGCCAAGUUUAGCCGCGGAGCUAACCUGAGAUAAGAGGAUCAAUGGGUCCGCCGCGGAGCAGCUGACCGAACCGAACCGAACCGAACCGGAGCGAAACCUGUAGAGGUCAGAUCGGUUUCACCUGGAUCAGAGAACUGAUGGUCGGCUGCUGACGUCACUCCAUCAACACACCUGAGCAGGAUGCUCCAGGGCCUGCUGAGCAACCUGGACCGGGACCGGCCGCUCAUCCGGGUCCGCUUCACCACCUUCGCCGUGGCGACGGUUCUGCUGCCUCUGACGGGCCUGCUGGUCUGCCUGGUUACCUCCCUGCUGUACCACUAUGAGGACGCCACCUACACCCACUGCCAGGUGUCCAACUACCUGCCGUCCAUCAGCGCCGCCAUCAGCCGCCCCCCUGAGAUCUACAUCUGGCGCAGCUGCAUCGGGCUGCACUCGGCGCCGCGCUACCUGGUGGCCGCCGCCUACUUCAGCUUCUACCGCGGCCGAUUCGCCGGCAGGCUGCUGGAGCUGCUGCUGAGCGGCGUGGCGCUCCUCUGCAGCGUGGCGGAGAACACGGGCCUGGUUCUGCUGACCUACGUGGCGUCCACAGAGGCCUACAAGGUCCAUAAAUACGGCUUCAUCGUCUUCAUCGCCUGCUCGCUGCUGCACAUGCUCAUUACGGUCCGCCUGUGGCACGUCAUCCAGAGGCACUACGUCAGCCCAGAGGAGAAGACGUCCUUCCUGUGGAAGACCCGCCUCUUCCUGGUCAACAUCAGCUGCUGCGCCGCCGCCGCCUACUUCUUCAGACGCCACAACAAGUACUGCGAGACGGGAGUCUACACCCUGUUCGCCGCCUUCGAGUACAUGGUGGUGUUCUCCAACAUGGCGUUCCACAUGACGGCCUUCUGGGACUUUGGGAGCGCUCAGGUGAUGGUGGCCACGCCGCAGGAGGACAAGCGGUUCUGAGCUGGGGUCAGCUGCAGGCACGGACCGGUUCUGGACUAGAACCGGGUAGAACCCACAGGAGGAGGUCCAGGAUGGUCUGACGCUUCACCGGCGGUUCGGUCCAACAAAGAAACGGGAUGAAAAGGAACCGAUCCGGUUCAGAUUAACCAGGUUUAACGGUUUAGAGACAGAACAACCGGACCAGAACCUGGCACGGAACCGUCACAAUGAAAAAACCCAGAGAACAGUGAUAAGGUUCCUUUUCCUGAUGGGUUUCACAGCCACUGGUUCUACAGGGAAUUAUCUUGGAUCAGAACCAGAGGAAACGUGUUCUGCACCCUGACUUCUGGUUCCAGAUCCUUCUGGUUCUGCUCCCAGAGACCAGAACGGUUCUGGACCUUCAGCUGCUACUUUCACAGAGCUGCUCCGCUCUUUGACCCGUUUGAGGUCCAGUUCUCACUGUGGACGGGAAGAUGUUCUGAAAGGAUCCAGAGUGACGAAGAACAGCGUUUGUUCUCCGGGUCAGAACCCGACUGGCCCGGGACAUGGAAACGGGCCUGAGACGGGUCGGCAACCUGUUUUCUCCCGAGUGGUUCUGACUUUCUGUUCAGGUUUGUAAAAAGGAUGAAGACGUCCGACCAGGAAGUUCUGACAGAACCAGAACCAUGAAUCUGUGUAGAAUGAACCGUGUCAUGUAGACGGUUCUUCCUUUGACCCGUUUAGUUCAUCGCUUUCAGUUUGGACCCAAAGUAUUUCAUCAACACUCAGCCUGGUUUAGCUGCAAUAAAUCUAUGAAUUAA